AUUUUUCUGGAUUCAGUGAUGCUUCUACAGCAGGUUUGUUAAAGGUUUCUCCCACUUAUCCAUUUGGUGUGGAUCCUAAGUGGCAUGGUACUAGGAGUGAAUUACCAUUUCUGAACUCAUUGAAGAUGAAGAUGUCAAUUUUACUCGGAGUAGCCCAGAUGGAUCUUGGGAUUAUACUAAGCUACUUUAAUGCUAAAUUUUUCCAAAAUGAGCUAAAUAUCUGGUACCAGUUUGUUCCCCAAAUGAUAUUUUUAAACAGCUUGUUUGGCUACUUGUCACUCCUCAAUUGUAAAAUGGUGCACUGGCUCACAAGCUGAUCUUUAUCAUUUGAUGAUAUACAUGUUCUUGAGUCCUAGUGAUGAUCUUGGUGAAAAUCAGCUUUUUGUUGGCCAGAAGUUUCUUCAGAUACUGUUACUGCUGUCGGCCCUUGUUGCUGUACCCUGGAUGCUGUUUCCAAAGCCUUUUCUCUUGAAAAAGCAAUACCAAGAAAGGCACCAAGGUCAAUCCUACGCAUUGCUUCACGACUUUGAUGAUCCUCUUGAAAUGGAAACACAUCAUGAUUCUUGUAGCCAUGAAGAAUUUGAGUUCAGCGAGGUUUUUGUACACCAACUUAUACAUACUAUAGAAUUUGUGCUUGGAGCAGUGUCCAAUACAGCUUCAUAUUUACGGUUGUGGGCCCUCAGUUUAGCCCAUUCAGAGCUGUCAAGUGUAUUCUAUGACAAGGUUUUGCUUCUUGCUUGGGGGUUUAACAAUUUAAUUGUCCUUAUUGUUGGCAUAAUUGUAUUUAUAUGUGCAACUGUUGGUGUGCUAUUAGUUAUGGAAACCCUCAGUGCAUUGUUCCAUGCACUGAGGCUUCACUGGGUGGAGUUCCAGAAUAAGUACUAUGAGGGAGAUGGUUAUAAAUUCCAGCCAUUUUCAUUUGCAUAACUUAAGGAUGAGGAUGAAUAAAGAACUACUUGAAAACUAAGUCACCAUUAAAGGGUAGUAUACAAAAUUCAAUCUUAAAAAAUUGGUUGUAGCAUAUGAAGCAGUCAAAUUUGUCUAUUACACCAGAAAUUUUUGAGAAUGUGGCAAAGCAAUGAGGCUAGAGUGAUGGUUUGGUGAAUAGGUAAACCUUUCAAGCAAAUUUCCACGAAUUUUGGUUGUGGCCUGUGGGUUUGUACUUUGAACUGGAUAAUCCCACCGGAGAUCCAACCUCCUUUUUGUAUAUUUUUCCCCUUUUCUAGGGGAAAUCCGUACUGACGCUGCAAAUAAAUAUAUGUUCAUUCAUGUUGUAAUAAAUUAUUUCAUGUCCG